GAGGAAGAAGCCUCAGCAGCAGCAGAGCCAGAGCUGCCACUGUUUGGAUAAACAUUACGCUAGUUCAGUAGCAGGGUUUCUUGCCUCCGUGUCUCUCCUGCCGGGACUUGUCAGCACUCAUCUCGACCGUGCAGCAUAGCAGUAUUAUGCGAGCACCGUCCGGAGUGUGGGAGCACCGUGUGAAGUGAGUUUCCUUGAAUCAUCUAUAUGGGCCAUCUUCUCUCGAAAAAUGGUUACCGCCUGAAGAAGAAGACACGCAAGUUGCAUCACAGGAAGAAGAAGAAGAGGAACUGUUUCCUGCAGCUGCCUUGCAUGCUCUGCUUCAUUGUCCACAGCAACAGCAGCGGUCUUGACGACGACAGUGACCAUUUGGAGGCCGGCGUCAACGGCAGCGCGUGCCGUCACAACAGCAUCACGGGAAUCAGUGUCCCUGGUGUGGGUGGAGUUGGCAUUGGAGCAGCAGCUGCCUCGAAGCUCGCUGAGCGAUACGCAACACUCGCAUCUCCUGAGGACUGCUCCAAGUUCCUGUUGUCACCACGGGAGCUAGCCAUCUGGGAGGGCCAAGGGAGGAGCCUUUUAUCAGCUGUUCCUGCCAAACUGAUCCCAGCACCAGUGCUGUUCCGAACCACUGGGGUGUCUGUGACCGUGCCCAUACCUGUUCCUGUGCCUGGCUGCACCAGUGACUACACUGAGAUGGUGUGUAAGAGGAAGUGCUCAGAGGUGCAGAGGUGCACCCCCUGCAAGCAGCCGCGCUGCACCUUCGCUGCCCCUGACGGAGGGCUGGAGAACGGGGGAGUGGGAGGAGGUGGGGGAGAGGCUGCCCCGAACUCUGAAACUGGCCACUGCCACCUUCCCCUCUGUCCACUUCCCUCCUCCUCCGCUUCUUCUUCCUCUGCCUCCUCCUCUUCCUCCUCACCUGCUGAUGGCUGCUGCGGGUUGGGGCUCCACGCUGACCUGCCCCACAGUUCAGACUCGUCCCCCUGCUGCCUGCAUCAUUACGACGACUGCCAGGCGAGAAGUUCUGAUGCUGCUGAUCACUCAAGUAUCAACCACCUGCCUUCCUCCAUCCUUCUUAAGGUGCUCUCCCACUUGACAGUGAAGGAGCGCUGUCUGUGUGCCUCCCUGGUUUGUAAGUACUGGAGGGAUCUCUGCUUGGACUUCCAGUUCUGGAAGCAAAUCGACCUCAGUGGCCUACAACAAGUAAAUGAUGAUCUCCUGGUGAAAAUAGCCUCCCGGAGGCAGAAUGUGACAGAGAUUAACAUCUCGGAUUGCAGAGGAGUCCAUGACCACGGUGUGUCCUCUCUGGCCUCACACUGUCCAGGCCUGCAGAAGUACACAGCAUACCGCUGCAAGCAGCUGGGUGAUACGUCGCUAUCGGCCUUGGCUACACACUGCCCUCUCCUGGUGAAGGUGCAUGUGGGCAACCAGGACAAACUGACAGAUGAAGCACUAAAAAAGCUUGGAGAGCACUGCAGUGAGCUGAAAGACAUCCACUUGGGUCAGUGCUACAGUAUCACAGAUGAAGGCAUGGUGGCCUUGGCCAAAGGAUGCCCAAAACUGCAGAGACUCUACUUGCAAGAGAACAAACUGGUCACUGAUCGGUCUGUGCGAGCGGUUGCAGAGCAUUGUCCUGAGCUGCAGUUUGUUGGCUUCAUGGGAUGCCCGGUGACCUCUCAGGGAGUCAUUCAUCUUACUGCGCUACGAAACCUGAGUGUCCUGGACCUGCGGCACAUCUCAGAGCUCAACAACGAGACGGUGAUGGAGGUGGUGAGGAAAUGUCACAACCUCAGUUCCCUCAACCUCUGCCUCAACUGGAGCAUCAACGACAGGUGUGUGGAAAUCAUCGCCAAGGAGGGGAGAAGUCUGAAGGAGCUCUACCUUGUGUCUUGUAAAAUCACAGACCACGCUCUGAUAGCCAUAGGCCAGUACAGCAGUACUAUAGAGACUGUGGAUGCCGGCUGGUGUAAGGACAUCACAGACCAGGGAGCCACACAGAUCGCUCAGAGCAGCAAGUCCCUCCGCUACCUUGGCCUCAUGAGAUGUGACAAGGUGAACGAGGAGACAGUGGAGAGGCUGGUGGUCCAGUACCCUCACAUUGUUUUCAGCACGGUGAUGCAGGAUUGCAAGAGAACCCUGGAGAGAGCUUAUCAAAUGGGCUGGAGCCCCAACACAUCGAACACUUCGUAGCUGCUGCUGGAUCUCACACACACACACACACACACACACACACAUACAUACACAUACAAACACUUAGCUACACAGAGGCCCAUUUUGUGUACAGACACACAUACACAAUAUUUGCAGCUCAGUCAUGUUUGCCUCUCAUCCACUGUUCAAACAUGCAUGUGAACAUGUAGCUACACACUCUCAGACAAAGGUCUAGUCAACUGUUUCAUUUGAAGCGAAUCUACCAUUUUAAUAAUUUAAUUAAGAUAUGCGUCUCCUGGUAUUUUAUAAUUAAGUGAGACAUCAUACUUUAUCAAUCAUAGGUUAUCAUCAUCUUGACUGAAUCAUCCUCUUCAUCACUGAUAAAGUGUCAGAUUACAUCCAACAAUAUGUACUUUCCUCGACCAGAACCUUGAGUGACUAGGAGUGACGAGGCAGUGCACCAACGAGUGUUAAUUGAUAUCUACUUUAAGCGAAAGUUACUCCGUUAAUAGAGUGUUAAGCCUCAUACAUUUUAAGUUGUCUGUAUCACCAUGGUUGGAGUGGAUGCACCAGGAGGGGGUCCGGGAGUUCUAGGGGUUCAGGAACGAUCAGACGAAUAGAUUAAAAAAGGUUUGUUGCCCCAUUCGGAAAUGAUAUUCUCCGAGCACCACACCCACGUCAGCCCUCUGCGGUGUUUACAUCCUUCAAACUGAACUCAACUGCUGCAGCGAGAUCGCACAAGUCCGGACAGAGCAGAGACUCGGAGAUCACGUGACAACAUCCCACAACUUCGGACCGGAAAACAACCGAACUGCCAGGGCUUCAGACCUCACAUGAGGCAUUUUGAGAAAUCUGUGAUGUUUAUUUUGUCCAAUUACAGGAUCUCUUGGAUGUUCAGUACAGUGUUAAAGGCAUUUGUGGACUCAUAAUGUGUUGAGCUCUUUGACGUGGCUCCAUUUGAAGGACAGAACUCUUUGCUGUGACUCAACAUGCACACUCUCACGGUGCAGAAGAAAGAUUCAAACCCCUGGCGAAAAAUCAUGACCGGUAAACAGCAUUGAUUAUUUCUCAAAACCUGCAUGUUUACAUUGAGAUCCUCCUCAUAUUUUUUUCCGUUACACAGAUAUUAUCUACAGAUGACCUGACGUUAAAAUGAGCCUCUGUAUGACUUGGGAACAAUGCUGUCUUUUGAUGCCAUGUGUAGAUUUAGGGUUGACUGAGCAUCACCCUGAGUCAGUACAGAAUGAAAUCAAACAGUGCUUGAAAUAGAAGUUGCCUUUACUUAAAAACCCUGGGUCAUGUUAUCAGAUGAUUAACCACAACCGCCGUGAUGACAGGUAAGAGGAAACGUUGCCUUAAGUGGUUAGCAGGUAAUUGCCAUCCAAUUAGCGACCUGAAAUCGACCCAGAAUUUACUGAAGAAAUGUUUAUCUGAGUUUAUCUGAUACUAUAUUCCCAUUAUUUGAUCUGAUAUAUUCAUAUGAAUAAAUACUGCGUGGGAUUUACUUAGCCUAAUAUUGGUUUUGAGCAUAUACUUGUAACUUUAGCUAUGUAGCAAUGCAACAAGGGAUUUAUCUUUCUUAGUGGUUUAGGAUGUAAAGAUAUUACUGGCUUGAGCCUAUAACCAGGGCCAGUAAAAGUCGGUAGGAGAGAGUUGAUCAUUUUUCAUCUAUUCUAUAGAAACUCAGUAGUGUACAGUUAAAAAUGCAAAUAACCAGGGUAUUUUUCUAUGGUGUGAACCAGCUCUGGGCUCAGCCUCCACACACUGUCACUCAGACAUGAACAAUAGCUUACUGAGCUUAGGGGUUUGAGUAGAACUGUAAACUUUCUACAGCACAUAGAGAUUUCAGACAAUUAAAAACACCUUCAUUUUACCCUUGUCAGGAUUUGUAGACUUUAACCGAUGGAGAGUUUCUCCCUCGGCCUGUUUUUUUGUUCUGUUUCUGUUCUUUUGUAAUCCCCAUAUGCACUUUCUUCUCUGCUAGAUGUUGACACACUUGAUUCCUGAUUUGUUAAGGCAACCGUAAAUGACUGGAUUUACAUAAAGAUGAAUAAAACACUACUACUUCAA